AUGGGCGGGUUCACCGAUUUUGAGGAGCUAGUGAGCGACGCUCGGGAAGAGUGCCACGCCUCUGUUGAGGCCUACCUCACGCUGCAGGCAAGGUGGCUGCUGUCACUGUGGGCACAUGACAUGCCCAGCGUGGAUGUGAGGCGGGGCCGGCUGAUUGCAAAUGCCGAGUCGUUCGUUCACAUGCUGGGCACUGCCAUCGAAACACUGCUGACUCAGAUGCGUGCAGAUCGCAAGGCUGCACUGGAGGCAUCGGGAUUGGAUGAUGAUGAUGAUGAGGAGGAGGACCUGGACGACAGCUUCUACCCAGCCAGCCUGCCACCCUGUAUCCUGGCCAACAAGGAGCCGUUCAAGGGCGGUGACUGGCGCAAGACACCCUACAUCCCACGGCCAUAUGUGCGGCUGACCGAGUACGACAUUGUGGAGCCCAGCAUGCGGGAGGUUAUCCUGCGCAAGCUGUCCACAAAGAAGCAUGGCGGCUGCUCUGGCCAACACUGCAAAUCACGCCAGGACCUCGGCCUGUACAAGCACACGCUGAGGCUGGGAGAGGACGCCGAGGAGGUAGACAGCUGGGGCAUGGACUGCUACGUGCGCAGAAACAUCAUGGAUGCUGUGCUGGAGAGCGGAGCUUUUGGGUCGUGGAUACCGCCCGAUUACAAAGCACUGCUGGCGGCAAACCCUGUGGAGUACGCCGCGAUGCGUGCAGCGGCCAGUGGCAGCGGCGGCGCUGCCACCUCUCCUGUGGCUGCUGCGCUGCCGCCACCACCCAGGGCCAAGAAGCAAGAUGAGGACGAGAAGGCAGAUGAGCAUGAGCACAAGGAAGGAGAGGAAUCGGAUGAAGACAAGGUGCUGCCUUCGACACCCGCUGCUGAGCGGAAGGAGAGCGGCAGUGAGAUUGUGGACGACGAGAAGGCAGCAGCAAUCGCAGCGGCGCUGGCAAGCCCCCCCCCCACCCCCGCUCAAAUUGCUGUGGAGAAGCGGGUGGCAGACUGGCUGGAGCGGGGGGAGAAUGGAUGGGAUUUGUUGAGAGCGGUCCAAGAAGUGAAGCAGCUGGCGCAGAAGGCUAUGGAGGAGGAGAGCCUGCUUGCAGCAGAGGCAGUGGAGCAGCGCAUUAAGGAUGUCGGCUACAACUACUUCCGGUUGCACCCGAAAGGGGUGGGGCUGAUCUGCAAGCAACAGGGCGGCAUCCCGCCCCUAACCUUCGAUGCUGUGAAGAAGAUCACUGGAGACGAGCUGCCUGACUUCUACAACAUAGUGCUGGAGCGGCCAAAGGAUGACCCUGAUGGAUAUGACGUGCUCUUCAUCGAUGCAGCGGCAAAGGGCGCGCUGGCAAGCCGCAUGAGUCACAGCUGCACCCCCAACUGCCAGGCCAUCGUGAUGGCCUGCGGAGGCCGCCUCACCAUUGCGCUCUACACGCUGCGCGAGGAGCUGACGUUUGACUAUAGCAGUGUGACUGAGAGCGAGAAGGAGGGGUCCUACCUCUACUUCACUGGCAGCCGCGCCUUCCAACAGGUCAUGAACACCAAGCACACCGUCAUGGGCUGGGCGAUAGCGCGCUUGGCAGCGCUGAGCACGGAGAUCAUCUGUGAGUACAUUGAGGAGGAGGAGGCGCACCUGAAGGAAGACCUGCUGGGUCACCCAUUGGGCAUCUAUAAUGAGGCCAGUGCAACCGCAGAAGCCAAGGGUGUGGUGAUUAAUCGGCUGCAAAAUGUCGUAAUUACGUUGGAUAAGGUCAAAAUGGUGCUACAGGCCCCCAACCAGACGGAUGAGGAGCUGCAGAGUGCCGUCCAGCGACACUCUGCCGAGCUUCCUGGUGCCUUGUCUAAGAUGUGCAGCCUGGUGAUGCAGCCAGCCUUAGACUUUGCGGACGCGCGCUGCAAGCUAAUGCAGCUGUAUGAGCAGCUGCGCGCACUAGACGUAGAGAACAAUGGCGGCCUGACAGCCGUGGCCGAUCUGUUGCUGCUCUACGCAUCCACGCUGCAUUGGUUCACGUGCGAACGCGGCUACAAGGGUGUGACCUCACCACCCGUGCCACUUAACCUGGCAGACCUGGCGCUGGACCGCACCCAGGAGCAGACCCCGGCUGCAGCAGCGGCGGCAGUGGCUGCGGCUGCGGCGGCGGUGGUUGACAGCGAUAAGUUGUUGGGCAGCAGCAACCUGCGCAAAGUGUACCGCCCGUUGUACUUGUGGGGCCAGCUGUCCGGCUGGUUCAAGCAAACCGUCAACGACCCCACCGCUUCGCUGUCUGCUGAGCGCCGUGGCACCAUCAGCCUGCCCGAUGUUGAUAGCAGCUUUGCGGGUGGCAAGACGCGGUACACAGCCAAGGCGAGCAGCACUUUGUGUGACCGCGGUGACCUGAUUGACCAGCUGGACAAGCGGCCCGACGCCAUGUGGCGCACUGGCACACUCUGGUCCUUCCGCAACGAGGCCAAGGUGUACGGAAGCCCCAUGCUGGACGCUGUGUGGUGCGAGCUGUCGCGCGGCACGGGCGGCGGGGACCCUCUACCUGGAGUGCUGUCGGAGCUGCGUGGUGCGGCGGUUCCCCCACGCCUUCAGGAUGCCGAGCCUGGUGCGAAGGCGGGGCGCGGCAAGAAGAAGUAG